UAAAAAUUAUAAACUUUUUGAGUCUUUCUUUCUUCAAUUUCUCUUUUCUCCUUGUUCAUAAUCAAUUAAUGGCAUCUACCAAAUUAGUUAAAGUUCCCACAAUAGAUUUUUCAAAUCAUCAAGAUCUAAAACCAAACACUCCACUAUGGGAAUCCAAAAAAAUUCAAGUUUUUGAAGCUUUGCAAGAAUAUGGUUGUUUUGAAGCAAUUUAUGAUAAAGUUCCAAAAGAUAUUAGAGAGGAAACAUUUAGUAUUUCAAAAGAAAUAUUUGAAUUUCCUUUAGAGACUAAAUUGAAAAAUAUUUCAGAAAAACCAACGCAUGGAUAUAUGGGAAUGAUUCCACAAUUGCCAUUGUAUGAGAGUUUGUGUAUUCCUGAUUUGCUUAAUCCUAAAAGUCUUCAAAGUUUUGCUAAUAUCUUUUGGCCUCAGGGUAACCAACAUUUCUGCAAUUUGGUAAAAUCUUAUUCUAAUCCUCUUUUGGAAUUGGAUGAGAUGUUGAAAAGGAUGAUUUCGGAGAAUUUGGGAUUAAAAAAUCACAUUGAUGAAUUAUUGAAUGCCAAUUACAUCCUAUUUAGAUUUACACAGUAUAAGGGAUCAUCAAUUGCUAGUGGAGAUGAAAAUAAUAAAGCAGCUGGAUUGGGUGGCCACACAGAUGGUAACUUCUUGUCUAUUAUAUCACAAAAUGAAGUUAAUGGAUUGCAAAUCAACAAAAAUGGAGAGUGGAUUGAUGUCAACAUUUCGCCAAAUUCUUAUGUUGUUUUAUCCGGUGAUUCCUUCACAGCAUGGACAAAUGGCCGAUUGCAUUCUCCUGUUCAUAGAGUUGAAAUGCCCAGAGGAAGUGAUAGAUAUUCCAUUCAAUUAUUUUCAUUAUCAAAACCAGGUCACUUCAUCGAGGCACCAAAAGAAAUGGUGGAUGAAGAACACCCUUUGCUUUUCAAGCCAUUUGAAAUUCUUGGAUUACUUGGGUAUGGUGCCACAGAAGCUGGCUAUACAACUCCUCCCAGUGAUCUUUUCAAGGCAUAUUGCGGUGUCUGAUAUGCUAAUUGCGAAUUUCCAUUUCUAUUAGAAUAAAGUUAGUAUUUAUGAGAUUUUUGUUGGUAAUUCAUGUUUAAUUGGUUUGUGUUUUUUUGGAAAAUAUUUCUAAUGUGUUCCGUUGGAAAUUCGUGUGCAUCUUAUGUUUGGAUUGUUGGUAUUGGGAAUUCAUGUUUAAUUUGUUUGUGUUCUUGGGCAAAUAAUAAAUUUGAAGCGGAUGAUUUUAUCCUUUAAGAGGAAAUGAUUUAAUGUAAUCUUUAGUAUUAUUUGGUUUGAAAAA